AUGCAAGAACUUGCCAGAAAACUCAAAGGAGAUGUUGAUGAGGCAUGGAGGAGGAAGGUUGAGGAUAUGGCUGGUAGGAAUCCAAAUGAGAUUCGGGAGGAAUACAGAUGGCUGCGCGCAGUUCAGGAUAGUAACCACCGUCGUCGCGUGAGAGCCGAGCGUAAAGAAAAACGGAAGAAAGACGAGUUGGCAGCAGAAGAGUUGUCAUCGAGGAAGAUGUCCGUAGAAGAGAAGCCGAAUUAG